AUGUUUUUGUAUAUCCCCAAUUAUCAUAGUCUCUUUUCCACAGAACCUAUUGAUCAAGUGAAUGUGACCGGCAAGAAAUGGCUGAAACAUGGUGAACUCCUGAAUUUGACUAUACAGUGUUCAGGAUCUGGCCCAUGGGGCUACUGCCAUAAGGUCUUCUAUGGGACAUAUAAUAUAACUGGCAAUGAGACUUGUAGUGAUCCACUGAUGACUAAUGACUGCAACUUCGUAGCCAUUCAUUACUUCAGAGAAGCAGGAACAUACACAUAUCUUGUGGUCAUCGAAAAUGAAAUCUCUCAUGAAAUACUGCCUUUAGCCAUUAAUGUGUAUAAUGGUAAGUGGCAUCAAAGAAAAUAAUUUGUAAUAUUUUAU